GGUGGGUGAGCCGGGUAGUAGUUAGUUAGAUGGUUUGUGGUUAGUUGGUUGGUUGGUCGGAUGGUUGGUUGGUUAGUUAGUGCGAGCUUCCCACCCCUGGACCCAGAGUGUCUGCUGACAGAACUAGCCCAGCCUGAACGGCGGCUCUGCUGUGCACAGGGCUGGGGGCUGGUGGGGGCCGGGGGCUGGCCUGCUGUCCUCCCAGCCCUGCCCUCCCAGGCCUGCUCCAGCAGCCUUAGGACCCUGUAGGGCGCAGGUGAGACUAACAGCUGGGAGAGCUGCCUGACACUUUAGGGUCCUGGCUGGAGAAGGUGAGUCUGCCCAGCGGAGGCAGGGCUCCUGGAAUCCAAAUUAGCAGCCCAAGUUGGAGUCGCCCACUCCCCGCCCAUGUCACCUGAAGAAAAGCUGGACCCGCUUCCUGACAGCUUCAUCCUGCAGCCGCCAGUCUUCCACCCGGUAAUUCCUUAUGUCACGACAAUUUUUGGUGGCCUACACGCUGGCAAGAUGGUCAUGCUACAGGGAGUAGUUCCCCAACAUGGACACAGGUUCCAGGUGGACUUCCAGUGUGGCUGCAGCCUGCAGCCCCGGCCAGAUAUCGCCAUCCACUUCAACCCUCGCUUCCAUACCACCAAGCCUCACGUCAUCUGCAACACCCUGUAUGGUGGGUGCUGGCAAGCAGAGGCCCGGUGGCCUGGCCUGCCCCUGCAGAGAGGGGCCAGCUUCCUCAUCCUCUUUCUCUUUGGGAAUGAGGCAGUGAAGGUGAGCGUGAAUGGACACCACUUUCUCCACUACCCCUACCGGCUCCCACUGUCCCGGGUGGACACCCUGGGCAUAUUUGGUGACAUCUUGGUGAAGGCCAUUGGAUUCCUGAACAUCAACCCAUUUAUGGAGGGCGGAAGAGAAUAUCCAGUCGGACAUCCUUUCCUGCUGAAAAGCUCCAGGCUGGAGGUACCCUGUUCGCGUGCUCUCCCCCAGGGUCUCUGGCCUGAGCAGGUCAUCAUAGUGCGGGGGCUGGUCUUGCAAGAGUUGGAGGAUUUCACGCUGAGCCUGAGGGACAAGUCAGGUCACAUUCCUGUGACGCUCCGGGCUUCCUUCACAGACCGGACUCUGGCCUGGAUCUACCCCUGGAGACGCAAGAAGCUGAUCUUGGCCCCCUUCCUCUUUUAUCCCCAGCGAUUCUUUGAGGUGCUGCUCCUGUGCCACAAGGGAGGGCUGAAGCUGGCACUCAAUGGGCAGGGACUGGGAGCCACCAGCCUGGAUCAGCAGGCCCUGGAGCGGCUGCGGGAGCUUCGGAUCAGUGGCAGUAUUAAGCUUUACUGCGUCCACUACUGAGAAGGACUUGAAGGGGACCCUGGCCAGAGAAGAGGGCCAGCCUAUGCCAGGGCCCCACAGGGUGGCCCCACUCUCCCCUCCUCAUUGAACUGUCCACCUGUCACCAUAUCAAGCCUGAUUCAUUUCUGCGGCCCCCAGUUUGAGUCUACAGGGGCUUUGGGCCCCACCUCAGAGGGAAGGCACAAGAGCAUGAAGUCCCUUUCAUGCUCUGCACCUCCCUUCACCCUUAACCUGGAAUUUAUCACCAUCUUCCUUCAGAGCCUAGACAGAGGCUCAAUGAGGCAAUUUUUGUAGCCUAACAAGGACAUUCAAAAUACAAUAACUUAAAGAAUUUCAAAGUUUAUUUCAUUCUCAUCUAGCAGUUCUGGGGAGAAUAGUCAAAGUCAGUGGGUCUGCUCUGCUCCCCAUGGACAUUCAGCUCUGUCCUAGUCAUCAUCCUACCACUCUCAGGGCAUCAUCAUUGUCUGUGUGGUUGAAGCUUGGAUGCCACCAUAUGUAGAUUUCAGCCACUGAGAAGGUGGAUGGAGCAUGUAGACAAGGCCCACCUGAUUUCAUAAGCCCCAGGCAUGGAAUUGGCACACACUAUUCACACUCACAUUUUAUUGGCCAUACUGUCUGCAAAGAAAGCUGGGAAAUGUUCUCCAGCAGCAUAUUUACUAUGAAAGAAAGAGACCGUGGAUUUUGGCAGAUAAUUGUAGACUCUGCAAAAGUAGAUGCUAUUAAUAUCCUCAUUUUAUAAAAGAGGAAACUGAGUGUUAUAGAUUGAAUUGUGUCCCCCCAAAAUAUGUGUCAACUUGGCUAAGCCAUGAUUCACAGUAUUGUGUGGUUGUCCAUC